AUGAAACUUGAUAGUAUUAUAAUAAUUUUAACAUUCAACGCGAUAUUUUGGAGUUUAAUUAAUUCUGUUAAAAAUAAUAAAGAUAAAAAUGAGUUAAAUAAAGUUAGGGAAACCUCAAAGGAUAAUGAUGGGGCUGAAUCAUCGGUUGAUCCUCAAAUUCAAAUGUUAAAACCAAAACCUAAAAUUGCAAAAAAGGGCACAACAAAUGAUAAAAAAGAAGAAAAAAGGUUGAAUAGAAGCGAAUAUAUGAAAAUUUACCGUCAAAAAAAUAAAGAAAAGAUUAACGAAAAUAACCGAAAAUACCUAGAAAAUAAUAAAGAAAAAAAGAAAGAAUCUGCUCGAAUUUACCGACAAAAUAACAAAGAAAAGAUACGAGAAAGUAAGCGAGCUCAUUACCAAAAUAAUAGAGAAAAUUUGAAAGAAUAUGCCAGAAAAUACCGAGAAAAUUAUAGAGAAAAGAGGAAAGAAUCUGCUCGAAAAUACCGAGAAAGGAUGAAAAAUAAAAAAGAAAACUUAAAAAAUGUUGAUCCAAAAGUAGAAAAUAUUCAUUCUAAUAAUAAUGAAGGAACUUCUUUUGUUAAUACACAGAAUGCAGAUUUUAGAAAUAAAGGUAAAUUGCCUAUAGUUUACGAAGAGAGCAUUCAAUUUGAAGAAGGAAAUCUUUUUAAUCAAGAGGAGGAAGAAAGUAACAAAUACGAAGCAGAAACUUAUAUGGAAGAGCAAAAUCAAACUGUGGUGAAAGAGCCAACUAAAAUUAAUUCCAUAAAUCAGUCAGAAUCAGACGAGGAAGAUUAUCUUCGUUAUCUGAACGAUAAACCUGAGGAUGAAGAUUGA